AUGCGAGCCAUGCCUGACAAAAGAACUUAUUUGAACGCUGUCAAAGCUCUCAACAGCCUCCAAAGCAACUAUGCUACCAUCCAAGCUGCCCAAGCUGCUGGACCACAGCUUGAUAAGGCCAUCCCUCAUAUGAUUGAAUGGGCUCGCCGUGCUGGAUACUCACCUUCAGAUCUAGACAAACUCCGAGUUAUCCAUGUAACCGGCACAAAGGGCAAAGGUUCCGUCUGCGCUUUUGUUCAAGCCAUUCUCGCUCAAUACCCAGCUGCAACAGGUAAUAAAACUGGUCUCUACACAUCACCACAUCUCAAGUCUGUACGAGAACGAAUUCGUAUCAAUGGUGAACCAAUCUCCAAAGACCUCUUUACAAAAUACUUUUUCGAACUCUUUGACCGUCUCUCCUCCUCCACAAGUGACCUCUCCAUUUUCCCUGAAUUUGCCCCUGGAAUUAAACCAAACUACUUUCGAUUCCUUACCCUCCUUUCUUUCCAUGUCUUUCUCAGCGAGGGUGUCAAAUGUGCCAUCUAUGAAGUCGGUAUUGGUGGCGAAUAUGACUCUACAAACAUUGUCCCCCAUCCAGUCGCCACAGGAGUAACUUCCCUCGGCAUUGACCACACAAACAUGCUAGGUAAUACCAUUGAGGAAAUUGCUUGGAACAAGGGAGGCAUCUACAAGUCAUCAGCCCUCGCUCUUUCUGUCCCACAAUCCCCUGCAGCCCUCAAAGUUCUUGAGGAUCGCGCACGUGAAAAAAAUACCCCAUUUGUCGUUCUCGACCCUAAUACCUCUCCAGUCCGCUCACUCAAACUUGGCCUUCCUGCUCGUUUCCAAUACAUUAAUGCUACACUCGCUGUCGGCCUUGCAAAGCAAUUUCUCCUCAAAUCAACACCUCCCAUCCCAGAUCUCAAUAUUGACCCAAACUCCCCACUCCCUGAAAAAUUCAUAAAGGGUCUUGAAACUGCCUCCUGGCCUGGCCGCUGCCAAACUGUCUCAGAUGGACCCAAUCUUACUUGGUUCCUCGACGGCGCACAUACCCAUGAAAGUAUAACCGAAACUGGUCUUUGGUUCAAAACUGUUGUCAGCCCUAAAGCAAACCAUAGAGUCCUUAUCUUCAACCAACAAAAACGCGACGCAGGUGCGCUUGCAGAAACCCUCUACAAUGCAAUUGGCUCAGAUACACCCUCCUUUGACCACGUUGUCUUUUGCACAAAUGUGACUUGGGCUUCCGGACAAUACUCGGCUGAACUGACCUCCAUCAACACCUCUGCGACCUCUGUCGACUCUCUUAUAGUCCAAAAGGGGCUUGCAGAUGCGUGGGCCAAAAUCGAUCCCUCUAGCCAGCGUCACAUCUUCCCAAGUAUCCAAGAAGCUGUAGAGUUUGUAAAGGCUUUAGAUGGUCAGACUCAAGUUUUGGUCACAGGCAGUCUCCACCUUGUUGGAGGACUACUAGCCGUUUUUGAUGGCCCCGAUGAAGAGGAGUAA